AUGGCAGGUUCAGGAGCAACAGACAGAGGCAAAGAAGCAAUGGGAAUGAUAGCUCUUCAUGAAACUCUUAGGAAUCUUUGUAUCAACUCUGAUUGGACUUACUCAGUCUUCUGGACCAUUCGCCCUCGCCCUCGACUUCGUGGUGGCAAUGGUUGUAAAGUUGGAGAUGACAACGGAAGCUUGAUGUUGAUGUGGGAAGACGGAUUUUGCAGAGGAAGAGUUGAAGAAAUGGAAGGAGGUGAAGAUCAGGUUAAGAAAUCAUUCAGCAAAAUGUCCAUUCAGCUGUAUAAUUAUGGAGAAGGAUUGAUGGGGAAAGUUGCUUCUGAUAAAUGUCACAAAUGGGUGUUCAAAGAGCCUACUGAAUCUGAACAGAACAUCUCUAACUAUUGGCAAAGCUCUUUUGAUGCCAUUCCUCCUGAAUGGACUGAACAGUUUGAUUCAGGGAUUCAAACUAUAGCUGUCAUUCAAGCUGGCCAUGGACUUUUGCAACUUGGUUCUUGCAAGAUUAUACCAGAAGACCUUCAUUUUGUGCUUAGAAUGAGGCACACAUUUGAGUCGCUUGGCUAUCAAUCUGGUUUUUAUCUAUCCCAGCUAUUUGCAUCUACAAGGGGCAACAUUUCAUCGCCUUCUUCCACCACAAUGCCACUAAAGCAACCCACAAUUCCGACCCGUCCACCACCCCUCUUCAACUGGGCCCCACCUAGAACGAUGCCAUCACCCAACUUUCAUAACCCGGGCCAGCUUGGAUACCCACAAGGCCCAUCAAAAGACGAACCCCACAUGUUUCUCCAUCCUCAUUCAUCAGAACCUCAGAUGGAAAACAUGAUGGGUUCUGAGCAUGUUCAAAAUGACAUCAAAUGGCCCAACGGGCUGAGCUUCUUCAGCGCCCUUACAGGAAGAAGUGAUGAUGCCAGGCUCUUGUUCAAUGACGGGCUAGGUAACAAGUCGGGGGAGUGGCACCAGAGCUCUGAAAUGAAGAACCCAAAUGAUUUCUUGAGCUUGGAUAAUACAAACUCGGAUCACAACCUUGGGAAAGUGGAUCAUAAUAAGUACAAGAGGAGCUUCACUUUGCCUGCAAGAAUGACAACUUCUUCAUCAUCGUCUUCAUCACUUGAUCACCAUAAACAUAAUCCUAAUGGGGAGUACAGAAACCCGGAGGCAACAAUGUACUCUGAUGUCAUGGAAACUUUCUUGGAGUAAUUAUGAGAUGGAGGGUAUGAGUAUUAUCAUCAGUUUGUAUUUCAUAUUUGUUUGUUAAAAACACUUCUAGUUUAACAUAAUCUAUGUUUCUUUGAUACUAUUGUUGUUGAUCUAGAUAACUAGCUUUUGUUUGCAUAAUAUCUCAA